GAAGGAGUUGUUCUGGAUUAGAAGGGGAACGAAAAAUGGCGGCGGAAACGCUGCUGUCCAGUUUGUUGGGGCUGCUUCUUCUGGGGCUCCUGUUUCCCGCAAGUCUGACCGGCGGUGUCGGGAGCCUGAACCUGGAGGAGCUGAGUGAGAUGCGUUAUGGGAUCGAGAUACUGCCGUUGCCUGUCAUGGGAGGGCAGAGCCAAGCUUCGGACGUGGUGAUUGUCUCCUCUAAGUACAAGCAGCGCUAUGAAUGUCGCCUGCCAGCUGGAGCUAUUCACUUCCAGCGUGAAAGGGAGGAGGAGGCACCUGCUUACCAAGGGCCUGGGAUCCCUGAGUUGUUGAGCCCAAUGAAAGAUGCACCCUGCCUGCUGAAGACCAAGGACUGGUGGACGUAUGAAUUCUGCUAUGGACGCCACAUCCAGCAGUACCACAUGGAAGAUUCAGAGAUCAAAGGUGAAGUCCUCUAUCUCGGCUACUACCAAUCGGCCUUCGACUGGAAUGAUGAAACAGCCAAGGCCUCCAAGCAGCAUCGCCUGAAACGCUACCACAGCCAGACCUAUGGCAAUGGGUCCAAAUGCGACCUCAACGGGAGGCCCCGGGAGGCUGAGGUUCGGAAUAAGCUCCAGGAAGUCAGGGACAAUGUCUGUCUCAUUUUAUGCUGUAUCCUCAGUGCCUUCAACAGCGCCUGGCACCAAUUCCUCUGUGACGAGGGCGCUGGUAUUUCUGGGGACUACAUUGAUCGAGUGGAUGAGCCCUUGUCCUGCUCUUACGUGCUGACCAUUCGGACUCCUCGGCUCUGCCCUCACCCUCUCCUCCGGCCCCCACCCAGUGCUGCUCCCCAGGCCAUUCUCUGUCACCCUGCCCUGCAGCCUGAGGAGUACAUGGCCUACAUACAGAGGCAAGCUGUAGACUCACAGCAGUACAGAGACAAAGCCACAGAGGGCCGGCAAGACCUGGACCCUCAAAUAUGGAGUGAGACCAAGCCUGGGGUGAUGCCCCAAAAGAAAGCAGGCGCAAGCCUAGCCAAGGAUGACGGUAAGGAAUCAGAUUUCUGGAAGAUGCUUCACGAACCAGAGGAACAGGCGCCAGAGAGGGGGGAGGCACAGGCUGAGGAGCAGGAACCAAACCUUGAGGCAACGGAUCCAGCGCCAGGCUCCCACGAUGAUUUUCAGAACAACGUGCAGGUCAAAGUGAUUCGGAGUCCUGCAGACUUGAUUCGAUUGAUAGAGGAGCUGAAGGGUGGAACAAGAAAGGGGAAGCCAAAGGCAGGCCAAGAGCAGCCUGGAGACAGUGCUGCAGAAGUCCCUCCCAGGGGACCGGAGGUGAAGGAAAAGGGUGAUCCAGAACAUCAGAACGAGGUGGAAGAAGAGGAGGACGAUGAGGAUGAAGAAGAUGAUGAGGAUGAAAGGCAGUUGCUGGGAGAAUUUGAGAAGGAACUGGAAGGGAUACUGCUCCCGUCAGACCGAGACCGGCUCCGUGCGGAGGUGAAGGCUGGCAUGGAGCGGGAGCUGGAGAGCAUCAUCCAGGAGACAGAGAAAGAGCUGGACCCAGACGGGCUGAAGAAGGAGUCGGAGCGUGAUCGGGCUAUGCUGGCCCUGACAUCCACUCUCAACAAACUCAUCAAAAGGCUGGAGGAAAAACAGGCUCCAGAGCUGAUGAAGAAGCACCAGAAAAGGAGGGUUGUCCCCCAGAAGCGUCCCCCAUCCCCCCAACCAGCAGAGGAGGAUCCUGAGCACAGAGUCCGGGUCCGGGUCACCAAGCUCCGUCACGGAGGCCCCAAUCAGGAUCUGACUGUCCUCGAGAUGAAACGGGAAAACCCACAGCUGAAACAAAUCGAGGGGCUGGUGAAAGAGCUGCUGGAGAGGGAGGGACUCACAGCCGAAGGCAAAAUUGAGAUCAAGAUUGUCCGACCGGGGACUGAAGGGACUGAGGAGGAUGCACGCUGGCUGACUGAUGAGGACACGAAAAACCUCAAGGAGAUUUUCUUCAAUAUCUUGGUGCAGGGAGCUGAAGAGGCGCAGAAGGAGCGGCAGCGGCAGAAAGAGCUGGAGAGCAAUUACCGCCGGGUGUGGGGCUCUCGGGGCGGGGAGGGCAUGGGGGACCUGGAUGAAUUUGACUUCUGAGACCACCGCCUUUGGCUCGCCAAGGAGUCCAGAGUCUUCCUAGACUGGCCCUGCCUCCUUCCCCCCGAUCCCCCGGGGCCCUGAAGGCAAAACAGCAGAGGAGAGCUGAGCUGUGAGCUGUGGACUUCGAGGCCCUCCUGGGGGUGCGGAGGGGCCUCGGGUUGAGUGCUGCUGCUACUGCUGAGAGCGCCCUCAAGACCUCCUAGGCCUGUGAGAUUUGCUCUCCUGGGCUUCUCCACAUACCCGCGUCCUUUCCUCCCGGCUUCCCCCGGGUCGUCUCCCAGCUUGUGGGUUCCUUUCCCCUCCCUACCUAGAGUGUUGUGAGAUCUUUUGAGUGGAGUAGAGCAGGGGGAGCAAGAAGAGUGGGGCGGGUCAGCAGGCCCCAAGAGGCACGCCCCACCCCUGCCCCACUCCUGUUCAGAGGCGCCUUCCCCCUUCCCCCAGACUGGCUUGGGAUGUCCUGCCCCUUUCCCUUUCCACACUGUUCCCUACAAUCUGUGCUUCUGAGUUGAAGCACCUUCUCUCUGUUGCUGAGAAAAUGGGAAGAAAGUUGCCCACCACCUCUGACACAAUCCCAUGAAAAGGGUAGGCUGCAGAUCCACCCACCAUGUUCUAGAACAAUCAGGUUGCUAAAUAAAGAACUGGACCAUCA